CAUAUGACAAGAGAACAGUAGAAGUGUAUAAUAUGUAUGCUGAGGAGCUGAACAAUGUGCAAAUGGAGCUCUCACUGAAACAGGUUCACCUUUUUCCUCUUCAUCCUCAAUAUGCUGGAGCUGCUUAUUGGGCUCAAGGUUUGCGUCAGAAGAUUGAGCGACCUCUGAAGUUGUUAAAAGCUGCUAAAUGGUUACCCCACACUGGUAUAGGUGAUGAAGUUCAUGCACAGUACCAGCAGUUAGUUCAUGCUUUGGAUGAGUUUAUCUGUAAAACAUUCAAUGAUUGGUGUGCUACAAUUGAUGAGGACCCAAUGAAAAAACUUCAAGCUCCACUUAUGUGCCGUAAUAUACAUGAACCUGGAAUGAUAGAUGCAAACUUUGAUAGAUCUAUUUUAAAACAUUACCAAGAGAUGAUACACUGGGAACAGUUAAUGUUUGAGAUCCCACAAUAUGUUCAAGAAUUAUACUUCAGGAAAGAUGAGCUCCAAACUCUCCUACAGAAUGUACUUGUAGUGGUCAGGGAAUAUAACCAGAUUAUGUCUGUUUUGUCUCCUGAAGAGAAAGGAUUGUUUCGACAGAAAAUCCGUUUUCUUGACAAACGUAUCCAGCCUGGUUUAACAACUCUCACGUGGGUUUCUUCAAAUGUGGUUCAUUACUAUAUAGCUGACUGUAGACACCAUUGUCAGAAGGUACAAAAGCUAGUAUCUAGAUACAAGAAGACAAAUUCUACCAUUACUCAACUCUGUGACAAGCUCAGUGGGUUUUUACUUGUCAGCACAAACAAUAAGAGAAUUUAUGAAAAUGAAGAGUUUGAAGAAGAACAGAAAAAACACCAAGAAAUUAUAGUGAGUGAAAUUGGAGCCAUUCACAAAGAAAUUCUUACAAAUAUGUCUUGUAUGUUUGAAUAUUUCAAAACUGAUGGUCCAGAAGUUUAUUCUUAUUGGUUCAAGUACACCAAACAAGUUGAUGACCUGUUGGAAGAAGCCUUGCGUUUCAGCAUUAAAGGAACCCUUCAGACCCUUUCCCAAGCAGUAAAUGGUGAUUCUAAAUCAGACCCUAGUCCACUGAUGAAAGUAAUGAUGACACUUCAAAAUAUCAAGAUUGAAUUCUUCCCAAACAUCAAAUCAUUGAAUAAACAAAUAGUUAUAACUGCUCAACGAGUUCUGGACUCUGUUAAAGGUCUUGACAGAUUGAUAGAUGCUUUUACAGAGAAGCCAUCACAAAAGGAAUCAGUAUAUGAAGUAGUGGGAAAAGAUUCUGAUGUGAUAAAGUUAAGAAACUCUAUCAAACAUGGACUAAAAGAAAAUGCAGAAGAAAUGAUGCAGUACUUAAGGUCAUGGGAUAAAUUCCGACACAUGUGGGAAAUAGAUAAAGAUUUAUUCAUUGAACGCUAUCAGCAGUUGAAACUUUCUGUUACGUCAUUUGAUUCAGAUAUUGCAAGGUAUACUGAAUUUUCUAACAAUAUUCAAAUGGAGGAAACUGUUGUGCCAGUGAAGUUUGUUCUGCUGGAUAAUUCUCCACUAAAGUUUGCCAUCCAAGGUCAUUGUGUUACAUGGCAACAGAAACUUACAUCACUUCUUCAUUCUCUUGCUCUAUCCAAGCUGAAAGAUCUUCAUAGUUUUAUGUCAACAAACAGUGAAAGGUUGCAAAAGGUACCAGAUACUUUGCAAGAUCUACGAUUCAGUAUUGCUCUUUAUGAGCAAUUGAAACAAGAAAUGGAAAUCAAACAUGCUGAGUUCGAACCUCUCAACCAGCAAUUUGUUAUCCUGAAUAAAUAUGAAGUCUCUGUAGAACCAAAAUUUCAGAAAAUGUUAGAAGAAUUAGAUGAAAAGUGGAACAGUUUUGAAGGUUCAAUGAAACAAGCAGAAGAGAUGCUGAAAAAAAAUAAAGAACGUUUCAAAGCUGGUCUUCUUCAGUCGGCAGAAGAUUUCAAGCAACAAUCAGCAUAUCUAAUGAGUGAAUUCAAUGAGAAAGGUCCCCUUAACAUCAGUGUCAACUCACAAGAUGCUUUGUUUGAUAUAUCUAAUUUUCAACAGCAGGUAAUACAAAUGAGAGAGAAGGAAUCUGAUAUUAAAGAGGGGCUCCAGUUGUUCAAGUUGGAAAUACCCUCAUCAAGAAUCCUAGAAAAUCUAGAAAAGGAUUUGAAUCAUCUAGAACAGAUAUGGAAGCUGACUCAAGACUGGGAAAACCAGUGGAACCAAUGGAGAACAACUUAUUUCCAGGACUUAAUACUAGAAAACAUGGAGAGUACUUCUCAAGAGCUGUUAAAGAAACUAGACAAGUUUAUUAAAGAUCCUAAGGCCAGUCAAUGGGAAGUAGUUGGAUUCAUGAAGAACAAGUUAGAGCAGUUUCAGCUCUCUUUGCCAGUUGUUAAGCACUUGAGAAAUACAGCAUUACGAACACGUAACUGGGAUCAAAUUAGGAAAGUGUUACAGGAAGAUUUUGAUCCUAAGUCUUCAGACUUUACAAUGGAAUAUAUCAUUCAAAUUGGAGUAGAGAAAUAUGCUGACCAGAUUGAAGCGAUAUCUGUUACUGCCACAAAAGAAUUGGAAAUUGAAAAUAAUAUAGAGCAGAUCAAGGCUACUUGGGAAGUUGUGACACUCAACAUGGUCCAUUACAAAGAUCAUGGUCAUUUUCGUCUGUUCGGUGUAGACAAUAUUUUCCAGACCAUAGAGGACAACCUUCUGUUGCUGUCUGGUAUGAAAGCUUCUAGAUACUUCAAAGCUUUUGAAAAAGACAUUGACAAAUGGGAAAAGUCAUUGUCAUUAGUUCAAGAAGUUUUAGAAGUCAUAUUAAAUGUUCAAAGACAUUGGAUGUAUCUGGAAAACAUUUUUUUAGGAGAAGACAUUCGUAAACAGCUUCCUGAAGAAUCUGCUCAAUUUGAUGAAGUGAAUAGAAAGUGGCAGUGGCUCACUUCAAUGCUACAUAAAGAAAAUAAUGCACUCAUGGCCACUCAUUACCCAGAUCUUCUAAGUUUUUUGAAUAAUACAAGUCAGAAACUAGAAGAAAUCCAGCACUCUCUAGACAUGUAUUUAGAAACAAAACGCCAGCUGUUUCCACGGUUUUAUUUCUUAUCUAAUGAUGACCUGCUUGAAAUUCUGGGCCAGUUUAAAGACCCUCAAGCUAUCCAACCUCAUUUGAAAAAGUGUUUUGAUAAUAUUAAAUCACUAAAGCUUGGAAAGGCAGCCUUAACACAGCAACCAGAAGCCCUAGGAAUGAAAUCUUCUGAUGGUGAAUAUGUGGACUUUAUCAAUCCUUUACCUUUAGAGGGGUCAGUGGAAGCCUGGCUGCUGGAAGUGGAGAAAACCAUGAGAAAGACUCUCCAUCAAACACUUCAAAACUGUCGUCAGUCCCUGAGGAAGCACAUGGCAGGAGCAAGUAACAUUGCAUCAGAAGGAAAAACAGACAAAUGGAUACGUGAAUGGCCUGGACAGUUAUGUAUUGCUGCCAGCCAAAUACAAUGGACAGGUGACUGUAGUAGAGCAUUGCAACAAGCUAAAGAACGUGGAAAGAAACCUCUGAAAAGUCUGAGGCGAAAGCAGGUUGCUGUUUUGGAGAAGUUGUCUGAGAUGGUUCGAAGUAACCUGUCUUCUUUGAUGCUGCAAAAAGUGAUGGCACUUGUUACCAUUGAGGUGCAUGCUCGAGAUAUCAUCGACAGCAUGCUCAAAAUGGGCUGUUUUGACUUAACUGACUUUAACUGGGUUAGCCAGCUACGAUUUUACUGGGAUAAAGAUCUUGAAGACUGUCUUAUAUGUCAGACAAAUGCCAAAUUUCUUUAUGGUUAUGAAUAUUUAGGAAAUCCUCAAAGAUUAGUAAUCACGCCACUCACAGAUAGGUGCUACAUGACCUUGACAACAGCACUAAACUUGCAUUGUGGUGGGAGUCCAAAAGGUCCAGCUGGGACAGGAAAGACUGAAACAGUAAAAGAGUUGGGUAAAACUCUAGGUAAUUAUGUUAUUGUCAUCAAUUGCUCAGAGGGCCUGGAUUACAAAUCCAUGGGCAGGAUGUUUGCUGGCUUAGCACAGACUGGAGCUUGGGGAUGUUUUGAUGAGUUCAAUCGUAUAAAUAUUGAAGUUUUGUCUGUAGUUGCUCAGCAGAUUCUUUCACUUUUAUCAGCACUAGCAGCUAAAGUCAAGAGAUUUAUGUUUGAAGGCCAAGAAAUCAAUCUCUUGAAGACUUGUGGUAUCUUUAUUACGAUGAAUCCAGGCUAUGCUGGUCGCACCGAGCUGCCAGAAAACUUGAAAUCAAUGUUUCGACCAAUAGCUAUGGUGGUUCCUGACUCUGCCAUGAUAGCAGAAAUAUUCUUGUUUGCUGAAGGUUUCAGCAACACUAAGCUACUUGCAAAAAAAGUAGUUACCUUGUAUUCACUGGCUACUCAACAAUUAUCUAAGCAGUACCACUAUGACUUUGGUUUGAGAGGAUUAGUAUCUGUGUUACGACAUGCAGGAAAACGAAGAAGAAGCUAUCCUAAUUCAACAGAUGAAGAGGUGUUAAUUCUUGCUAUACAAGACAUGAACAUCCCAAAGCUUACAUCAGAAGAUAUCCCGCUUUUUAAUGGAAUAACAUGUGAUCUUUUUCCCAGUAUAGAACCUUGCACUGUUAGUUAUGGCAAGCUGAAGGAAGCUAUUGAAAGAGUAAUGAAACAAGCCAAAUUACAAGUGAUUCAAAGUUCUGUAAUGAAGGUAUUACAAUUUUAUGAGACAAAGAACUCUCGACAUGCUGUCAUCUUAAUUGGAGAAUCUUGCAGUGGGAAAACUGUUCUUUGGCGUACAUUACAAGCAGCCUUCAAUACCUUGAAAAAAGAUGGAGAAUUAGCAUUUAACAUUGUUAAGGAAUUUCCUAUGAACCCUAAAGCACUCUCACUAGGGGAACUCUUUGGAGAAUUUGAUGCGAAGAGUGGUGAAUGGAUGGAUGGUGUCCUUUCAUCAGUAAUCAGGAUGACUUGUGUAGAUGAAAAACUUGAUGAAAAAUGGAUUAUUUUUGAUGGUCCUGUAGACACACUUUGGAUUGAAAGUAUGAACUCUGUGAUGGAUGACAAUAAAGUAUUGACUCUUAUAAAUGGAGAAAGAAUUGGGCUAUCUGAUCAGGUAUCAAUGCUAUUUGAGGUAGAAGAUCUGGCUGCUGCAUCUCCAGCUACUGUAUCUCGAUGUGGAAUGGUUUAUUUAGACUAUGCUAGACUAGGUUGGCAGACUUAUGUUGAGUCUUGGCUACAACUAAAAGAUCCCAGCAUGGCCAAUGAAUUACGACACCUGUUUAAUAAGUAUGUCCCCCUGUUUACAGAAUUCAAGAGAAGAAAUUGUGUUGAAUUGGUUCUAGUCACAGAAAUAUGUGGAAUAAUGUCUCUCUGUAAACUUCUUGAUUGUCUUCUGUUGAAAAAUAAGACUUUUCAGUCUUCCAGUAACCAAUUCAGUGCAACAUUAAAGCUGCUCUUCUUGUUUUGUUUACUGUGGACUGUGUGUGGGACAGUAGAUGAGGAAGGGCGUAAAAAAAUAGAUUCCUGUAUGCGUGAAGUAGAAGGAUCAUUUCCUAACCAGGACACUGUAUAUGAGUACUAUGUAGAUAUUCAACACUCUACCUGGGUACUGUGGCAAGACAGACUAAAGGAUCAGUGGAAAUAUAACCCCAAUGUGCCUUUCUACAAAAUGGUAGUGCCAACAGUUGACACUGUGAGAUACCAGUUUUUAAUUCGUAAUCUAAUCCAUAAUGGACAUCCUGUAUUGAUUGUUGGACCAGUUGGGACUGGAAAAAGUUUGGUAGCUGGCUGCGUACUAAGUGAACUUGAUAACUCUUCUUUCAGUGUAUUAAAUAUAAACAUGUCUGCUCAGACAUCAUCCCAUAAUGUUCAGGAAAUAAUUGAAAGCAAACUUGAGAAACGCACAAAGGAAACUUAUAUCCCUAUUGGUGGUAAGAAAUUAAUGACAUUCAUGGACGAUCUUAAUCUGCCACAUAAAGAUGUGUUUGGAUCUCAACCUCCACUUGAGCUUAUUCGCAUGUGGUUAGACUAUAGAUUUUGGUAUGAUAGAAGGAAGCAAACUGUAAAAUAUAUUCAGAAUAUGUUUCUUCUUGCUGCUAUGGGUUCUCCUGGAGGUGGAAGAAACACGAUUUCUCAGCGCUUGCAAAGCCACUUCAACCUCAUCAGUAUGUCUUUUCCACAGGAUGCUGAGAUCCAUCGUAUCUUUGGUUCCAUGAUCAGCCAGAAGUUUAUCAACUUUGAGGAGGAUGUCAAACCCCUAGCAGAAUUUAUGGUAGAAGCCACUUUAGAUGUUUAUAAAGCUGUAUGUUCUCACCUGCUGCCUACCCCUGGAAAGAUCCAUUACCUGUUCUAUUUGAGGGAUAUAUCAAAGGUUUUUCAAGGCUUGCUGCUGGCACAUAAAGAUUUUCAUGAUACCAGGCAAAGUGUGACACGACUGUGGAUUCAUGAGUGUUUCAGAGUGUUCUCAGACCGUCUAAGUAAUAACCAGGAUCAAGAAUGGUUCAUGUCCCUGAUUAGUGAGAAACUAGGCACUAUUUUUGAACAAACUUAUCAUAACAUAUGUCCAAACAAACAACUUCCUAUAUUUGGAAGCUUUAUGAAUGAGCAAGGAAUCUACGAAGACUUCCAGAACUUUCAGACCUUGAAGAAUCAUUUGGAAGUUAAAGUUGAAGAAUAUAACCUUAUGCCUCGGGUGGUGACAAUGAAUUUGGUACUCUUUCAGGAUGCAAUUCACCAUAUAUGUAGAAUAAUCCGGGUGAUUCGCCAACCAAGAGGAAGUAUGUUGUUAAUAGGAAUUGGUGGAAGUGGACGACAGAGUUUGACCCGUCUAGCAGCCUACAUAUGUAACUACUCUGUAUUUCAAGUUGAAGUGUCAAGAAAUUAUGGAAUAGCUGAAUUCAGAGAAGACCUGAAGAAUCUAUAUUGGCAGACAGGAAUUCAGAAAAAACCCACAGUUUUCCUGUUUACUGACAGUCAAGUAACACAUGAAGGGUUUCUGGAAGAUAUUAACAAUAUACUGAGCAGUGGAGAAGUUCCCAAUCUCUUCAAACAAGAAGAAGUGGAUGAGGUGGUUUCGUCUCUUAAAAACUCAGAUCUAUCUGGAAAAGUUAGUGAAGAUAAACAAGUCCUGUUUGUCCAGUUUCUAGACCAAGUUAAAGAUAAUCUUCAUGUUGUGUUCUGUAUUAGUCCUGUUGGAGAACCAUACAGGAAAAGGCUACUGAACUACCCUGCACUGGUCAGCUGUACAACUAUUGAUUGGUUUGGAGAAUGGCCAGAGGAAGCAUCAGUGGAGGUUGCCCUCAAAUUGCUUGAUCAAGUUCAUCUAGGUGAAUCUCAAAAGGAAAUGCAGGUGGCUGUAGCUAAAGUGUUUUCCCAGAUGAAGAAGUCUGUGAUGUUUAUGUCUGAAAGAAUGAUGUUAGAGAUGAAAAGGCAGACUUACAUCACACCCAAGAAUUACUUAGAAAUGGUAUUUAGCUACAAAAGGCUUCUGGCACAGAAACGCACGGAUUUAGGGGGAGUGAUUCACAAAUUAAGAUCAGGCCUUCACAAGAUAAAUGAAACAAGAGAGAAAGUGGAGCUUAUGUCCAGGGAACUUCAAGAUGCCCAAGUUCAAGUUGCCAAGUUCCAGAAAGAAUGUGAUGAAUAUUUAGUAAUCAUAGUACAGCAGAAGAGAGAAGCAGAUGAACAACAAAAAAUAGUAUCAGCAAGGAGUGAGAAAAUUGCUGAAGAAGAGGCUACGUGCAAGAAAAUGGCAGAACAUGCAUUACAAGACCUAAAUCAAGCCCUUCCAGCUCUAGAAGAAGCAAUGAAAGCCCUUGAAUCUCUCAACAAAAAGGACAUUGGAGAGAUUAAAAGCUAUGGUCGACCACCAACUUUAGUGGAGAAAGUAAUGGAAGCUGUGAUGAUUCUGAGAGGGUCUGAGCCAACAUGGGUAGAGGCAAAACGGCAACUUGGUGAUCCAAAUUUCAUAAAUCAUUUGAUGACCUUUGACAAAGAUAACAUUAAUGACAGGGUCCUGAAUAGAAUUGGAAAGUAUGUAGUACAGCCAGACUUUCAUCCUGAAAUUGUGGGUAAAGUUUCUCUAGCAGCAAGAUCUCUGUGUAUGUGGGUUCGAGCAAUGGAAGUUUAUGGAAAAAUCUAUAGGAUUGUAGAACCCAAAAGACAGCGCUUGUCUACAGCAGAAUCUCAGUUGGCUGAAAAACAGGCAGUGUUAGCUGAAGCUAAAAAUAAACUAUUGGAGUUGAAUGAUAAAAUUGAGACACUGAAGAAUCAGUAUGAAGAGAAGUUGGCACAUAAAGAAGAGCUCAGGAAUAAAGCAGAGAUGCUAGAGAUUAAGCUAGACAGAGCUGAUAAGCUAGUGAAUGGACUUGCUUCAGAAAAAGUACGCUGGGAGGAAAAUGUGAUGGAUCUGGAUGAAAAAUUAAGCUACUUGGUUGGAGACUGUUUAGUUGCUGCUGGUUUCCUUUCAUUCUUGGGACCUUUCCUUUCUCAGUAUCGUGAUGAAUUGAUUCAUCAAUGGUUAAAACAGCUUAUUGCUCUAGGAAUUCCUUGUAGUCCUAACUUCAACCCUUCAUCAUUCUUGGCAAGUCCAACUACUUUAUGGGAAUGGAACCUUGGAGGCUUGCCUUUUGACUCUUUUUCCACAGAAAAUGGAAUUAUUGUCACACAGGCUCAUUGCUGCUCUCUUGUUGUGGAUCCACAAGGACAAGCUGUCAAGUGGAUACGUAACAUGGAAGAAAAAAGGGAAUUAAAGGUGAUAAAUCAACAGCAGCCUGACUUCCUACGUGUUCUUGAGCAAGCUAUUCGGUUUGGCAACCCUGUAUUGCUAGAAAACAUUAAUGAGGAAUUGGAUCCUGCCUUGUUUCCAAUCCUUACUCAAUCUCUAAUCCAGCAGGGAGGAAUAUACAUGAUCAGACUAGGUGAUAAAGAAAUUGAAUACAACAUGGAAUUUUGCCUUUACAUAGCUACUAAACUGAGUAACCCUGUUUAUACACCUGAUAUAUUUAGCAAAACUUCUGUGGUGAAUUUUGCCCUCAAAGAACAAGGGCUAGAAGCUCAGUUGCUGGGUAUUGUAGUAAGAAAAGAAAGGCCAGACCUUGAAGAGCAAAAAGUUAAACUGACUACAGAAAUUGCUGCUGGAAGGAAGAAGCUAGUUGAACUUGAAGACGACAUACUCAAACUUUUAAAUGAAGCCCAGGGAUCUCUUCUUGAUGAUGAGGUUUUGGUUAACACUUUACACAAUUCUAAGGCCACGGCUGAGCAAGUAGCAGAACAUUUGACAGUUAGCAUGAAGACUGAAGCAAGGAUUGACAAUGCUCGGGAAGUCUACCGGUCUUGUGCCAAGAGAGCUUCCAUUCUAUUCUUUGUAAUGAAUGACAUGGGGCAGAUAGAUCCUAUGUAUCAAUUUUCUUUAGGUUCCUAUAUUGACUUGUUCAUUUCUUCUAUUGAAAAGUCCCAACGUUCUCCACAUUUGGAAGACAGAAUUGAGAAACUGAAUGACUACCACACAUAUGCUGUCUACAAGUUUACUUGUCGAGCCUUAUUUGAAAGACACAAGUUGCUUUUUGCUUUUCACAUGUGUGCUAAGUUGUUAGAAGCUUCAGGAAAACUUAACUUGGAGGAAUACAAUUUUUUCUUGAGAGGAGGCAUUGUCUUGAAUCAUCAGGAACAAAUGGACAAUCCCAGUCCACACUGGCUAACAGAGUUAGCUUGGGACAACAUAACAGAGCUAGACAAACUACCUACUUUUGUUGGUAUUGCUAAUUCUUUUGAGCAAUAUCCCCAGGAUUGGUAUCAGUGGUAUAUCAACCCCUAUCCUGAAAAUUGUUCGCUUCCAGCUGAAUGGGAAAACACCUGUGGAGAGUUACAGAAGAUGUUGAUUGUGCGUUGCCUACGUCCUGAUCGAGUUACUAACUGUGUUAAAACAUUCCUGAUCAACAGUUUGGGGUCCAGGUUUGUGGAACCUCCUGUGCUUGACAUGUUGGCUGUGUUAGAAGAUUCAACUGCUAAAACUCCUCUUAUGUUUAUUCUUUCUCCUGGUGUGGAUCCAUCUGGAUCACUACAUCAUUUGGCUAAAACUCAGGGAAUGGAUCAAAGAUUUAGUUCACUUUCACUAGGACAAGGUCAAUCCCCUGUAGCAACACAGUUAAUCAAAGAAGGAAUUAAAGAGGGUAAAUGGAUUUUUCUGGCCAACUGUCAUUUAUCUUUAAGCUGGAUGCCUCAUUUAGAAAGAAUAAUUGAACAUCUUCAAUCUGAACCCAUACACCAGGACUUUCGGCUAUGGUUGAGCUCAGCUCCACAUCCUGAUUUUCCAGUUUCCAUUUUACAACAAGCCAUAAAAAUGACAACAGAGCCUCUAAAGGGACUGAAAGCAAACUUAAAGAGACUGUACUCUCUCAUAACAGAGUCCCAGGCUAGCCAAUGUCAACAAAAAGAAAAGUACCAAAAGCUUCUUUUUUGUCUUUCUUUCUUCCACUCCAUUCUUUUGGAGCGUCAUAAAUUUCAACAACUGGGUUGGAAUGUUAUGUAUAGUUUCACUGACUCUGAUUUUGAGAUGUCGGAGAGCAUUCUACGUCUGUAUUUGGAUGAGUAUGAAGAAACCCCUUGGGAUGCUCUUAAGUAUCUCAUUGCAGGUAUCACUUAUGGAGGCCAUACAACUGAUGAAUGGGAUAGGAGGCUACUCUUUACAUAUAUCAAUAAGUAUUUUUGUGAUGAUGCAAUAAAAGUUCCUUUCUACAAACUGUCAGUCUUGCCCACUUUCUAUGUCCCUAAAGAUGGCACCCUACACUCUCACAUAGAAUAUAUUAAUAUGUUGCCUUCCUCAGACCUGCCAGAAGCUUUUGGUCAGCACCAAAAUGCUGACAUUGCUUCUCAAGUUCAAAAUGCUUCUCUUCUCUUUGACAUACUGUUGUCUCUUCAGCCUCAAAGGUCAUCCAUGCAAACAGAAGGAAAGGAACAAAAGGUGCUCAAGUUAAUCUCAGAUAUCUUAACUAAAAUACCAGAUUAUAUUGAUUAUGAAGGGGCUGUCACUAUUGUUGCUGCUGACAAAUCACCACUGAACAUUGUUCUUCUUCAAGAGAUUCAGAGGUAUAAUUGGCUGAUUAGAAACAUUCGUAACUCAUUGAAUGACCUGAAGGCAGCAAUAAAAGGUCUUCAGUUGAUGUCUUCUGAAUUAGAAGAAAUAUUCUCUUCUUUAUACGAUGCAAGAGUUCCAUCUGUUUGGCUGAAGGCCUACCCAUCACUUAAGUCAUUAGGAUCAUGGACUAGAGACCUGGUAAUGCGAGUUGAUCAGAUGGCUCAGUGGGGCUUAAUUGGACGUCCACCUGUAAAAUUUUGGCUAGCAGGAUUUACAUUUCCUACAGGCCUACUCACAGCUGUACUACAGAGUGCUGCUAGAGCUAAAAAUAUGCCAAUAGAUGGCCUGUCUUGGGAGUUUAUAGUCUCCAAUAGAGAAGAGGGUCAUAUCACAGAACACCCAGAGGUAGGAAUCUAUGUGCGAGGCAUAUACUUGGAAGGAGCAAAUUGGGAUUGUAAAGCCUCUUGUCUGAUAGAACCUGAACAUAUGAAACUUGUUAACCAAAUGCCUGUCAUACACUUUAAACCUGUUGAAAGCAAAAGAAAAACUCAAAAAGGCACUUACCUUUGUCCUUGUUUCUAUUAUCCCAAUCGUUCAGGAGAUGGCAAUCGACCUUCAUUUGUUGUAGCAGUUGAACUCCGCUGUGGUGCUGAGCCUGCCGAACAUUGGAUUACACGUGGCACAGCUCUCUUGUUAAGUCUCACUACAUGAAUAUUUCUAUCGGUGAUGAGGAUUGAAGCUGCAAACCCUUUAGUGGCAUUAUAUUUACUUAAAAGAAAAAUUGAAUUAAUGUAGGUUUAUCAGUGGAUUGUAAAAUACAGUGGACAAAUCAAUUUAUCACUUAAUUAGAGUUUAAAUUAUUAGAAAUUUUAGGGAUCAACUUAACAAUGGAUCAGAAAUGAGCUUUACUGUCAUUCAGGAAUCAACUUGUUUUAUUGUGACAAGACAUUAAAAAUAUACUUAUUUAUGGAAGAGAAAUACACUUAAUAGUCAGUUAUAGAUCAAUUUAACAGUAAACCAAGGAUCAACUUUUGAAUAAGCAAGUAACCAACUUCAUUGUGGGCAAAAAAAUCAACUUACUAAUUAGUUACCAAAGUUAAUAUCAAAUCAAAGUUUCACAAGUAUGUAUUUAAUCUAUAAUUUAUUUUCUAAAAAUAUGUUCUUCCAAUCCAGUUCAUGAUAGAAACAAAAAAGAACACUUUUAUUACUAUAUACAUAUAUAUGUUUCUAAAAUUGUUUAAAAAUCCACUAGUAUUUUAUUAAUUUUACUGUCUCGCAAGAAUUGAAAAUCAACAGCAAUUGAAAUAGGAACAUUGAGGUUCUAUUGAUGAAUCUAGUCAUAUCAUAGACUGUUCUCAGUGUGUUAUAGUUGGAUAUCAGUUAGUUAUUCCUUGUCUUUUAAAAGGCCAUUAUUAGUUCAUAUAUUUAUGUAUAUUAGUGUUAUAGUGUUUGACAUAUUUUUAUUCAAAUAAAUUGUGUUAUUGGUUUUA